CUGCCGCGUUGGUCGCAACUCAGGUACAGUCGUUGCUUGGUCCGCGAGCGACAUCGUUGCGGAAUCGAACACCGUUUUUCGAUUAACACUCCUUGAUCUUCGCGUUUCUUUGAAAAAAAAGUGAUCGAUAAAAAACGAUAGUCGGCUCUCCAGAUUAGUGAGGAUUAACCGAAGAAACUCUGUUGAAAGUCGAACGAAAGACGAUCACGACGAAUGGAUUACGAAUAUUUACAGAAAUAAAUUUGAAAAAUAUCCUAUACAUUAAUCUAUGGAAGUGAGAGUCAUAUAACAAGUGGAUAUAUUUUUUAAUGAUACCGGUGGUGCACGAAUAAAAUAAAACUUAAAUCAGUUCACGUUAUAAAACUAAUUUAUAAAGGAUAAACCGUCAUUAUCAUAAUAUGUUACAUCUGUAAUAUGUUAUAUAAUAUGUUACACCUUUAAUAUAUCAUAUGAGAUAUUCAUUUCUGUGUUCUGCGGACAUUUGACUAUUGAAUUAUUUGUUAACGUAUUUAACAAAAUGUAUGCUUAUUAUAUCCUAUAAUACUAUUCUCCACUGCCUAAUACAUUCCCUGUAUUUUAUACAUACAUUUUACAGUGUAUGUAAUAUCGUUACAUGGAAAAUAUAAAUAUGGGUAAGAAAGACUCGAUACCAGCUGGUCAGAAAUUAAGCUUUCAUAAGUUCUCCAUAUCAUCGUGCUUCGAACGUAAAUACGUAAAAUACAGUUGAUUUUCGAAAUUUACGACGGCUACGACUCCCUGGUUUUCAUUAAUCCCUGAUCGACAGCGAUUUAUGGAUUUUGCUGGAGUUAGCACGAACGAACACUCCGAUACUUUUAUCGGGAACAUAUCGGAUCGAGCAACUUUGUUUCAAGAUAUUACAAAUAGUUCCUAAUCCGUUUUCCCUUAAUAAACAUACAUUACCGAUGGUCCGGUGCAAGAUUACAAUUUCGCCGAAACUGUAGAUAAUUAAUUUGAAAAGUAAAAUGUAUCGCAUUCGGGACUGGUUUACCGUGAUUUCGCAUAAGUGAUUCGGCGUGGGACAUGACAAUCCUGAGGAAUCGUCACGUAGUGAGUAGCGACUACUAGAAGACCAGUGUGACUGAUGUGUGCAAGGAAUGAUCGAUUCGUGAGAGUAAGGCAGAUGGUAGCGACGGAAUUGACUGUCAAGGUGUUUGAGGAUCGUGGCUCGAUUUGGGAAAAUCGAAGAGGAUCAACGUUUAACGUAUUGUUGGUCGAUGUAGCGCAAUGUUCAUCAAAUCGGCCAUAAUUGUCACGGCGCUGUGUCUAUGGACUACAGUCGGAAGUCAGUUUAGUGACAACACACCUCCUGUAAUGUCGAUUGACCGAAAUUUGGUGCUUCGGGACACUGAGCCCGUGGGAAGCGUCGUGACAAGGGCACGCGCCGAGGAUAAUGAACAGGAUCAAUUAACCUACGGUCUGGAAUCCAUUGGCCACAACUAUAACGGAGACGACAGUCCUCAGCCACCUCUCCCCUUUUCCAUUGACAAUAGCACCGGCAUUAUCUACGUCAACGAAACGCUUAAAGGCAGAGGAGGCCAGAACCUGUUCCUCUACGUGACCGUCUCCGAUGGUCAGCUUACGACAAAGACUGAGGUCUACGUCACCAUUAAAAACACUUCGGGUCCCAAUGGAGGACACACCAGGAGCCCUUUUCUGGGUCAACAUGGCCCUACAGGCCGAAUAAGACCGCCUCUGCUAGGUCUGCCGAGUCUGCCGAGCUAUCCGAGACCAGGGAUACCUCACCAACCAUCACCACCAGUUUCUGUACCAGUCACUAUACCAAAAACAACCAAGUUACAGCCGGAAGAGGUGAAGCAGAGUGAGGGGAAGAUAGAUGGCAGCGCUCUCGGUUCAAGCGUACGAUCUAUAGAGGAGAAUGAGGUCGAGGGGCCACCCUCGAACAUAACACCUGCUGAGGCACCACCUUCCCAGGAUAUUUCGAUGACUUUGGUGCCGGUCACGGCAGUUUGUGUGCUUGUGGUGGGCCUCGGGAUGGGAGUAUGGUCCCUGCGGAAUAAAUUUUGCGGCACUAAGAAGUCGAAAGAAGACACGGUUUUCAAUAUCCUUGGAGAAGGCUGUUUCGGUCAAGUUUGGAAAUGCGAGGCUCUGGACAUCGAUGGAACAUCCGGCACCACGAUAGUUGCUGUGAAAACUUUAAAAGAGAACGCGAUGGAAAGAGAACGAUUAGACCUGGCGCAGGAAUUAAGAGUCAUGAAAAAUUUGGAUCCCCAUCCUAACGUGGUCAGAUUGCUAGGUUGUUGUACAGAACGCGAACCAAUGUUCGUUAUUUUAGAGUACGUAAGCGGUGGAAAACUGCAAAGUUUCCUGAGGGCAUCUAGGGAAGAAAGAAACCAUGGAGGACCUGGAUUAACAUCCAGAGAUUUAACUGGUUUCGUUUAUCAGAUUGCCAAAGGUAUGGAAUAUUUGGCGUCCAAAGGAAUUAUACACAGAGAUUUAGCUGCGAGGAACAUUUUGAUUGAUGAAAAUCGAGCAUGCAAAGUCGCGGAUUUCGGAUUUGCUCGGGAUGUGGCUGCCAAUCAAAUCUAUGAAAGGAAGUCCGAGGGCAGACUGCCCAUUAGAUGGAUGGCGCCAGAAAGCUUAUACGAUAACAUAUUUUCCGUGAAAUCGGAUAUAUGGAGUUUCGGUGUAUUGAUUUGGGAAAUCGUGACCUUAGGCUCCACGCCUUACCCUGGCUUAGCAGCUGCGGAGGUGAUGAGGAGAAUUAAAGAAGGUUAUAGGCUAGAUAGGCCAGAACAUUGUAAGAGAGAACUGUAUAACAUAAUGUAUUACUGUUGGGACAAAGAUCCAGCUUGCAGGCCAUCCUUUGGGGAAUUAGUUGGUUUGACGGAAGGUCUUCUACUCGACGAAACUGAUUAUAUCGAAUUGGACAGGUUCCCCGAUCACUCGUAUUACAAUGUACUUAACCUUAGUGGUGAAAAAUUGUAAAUGAAAUAGUUGAAUCAUGAUUGUCAUUUCUACUGUAAAAAGAACAAAGUAAGCGAAGUUUUCAAAGAGUCGAUUAAUAAUUUUUUUCACGUUAGUAAUUCCUUUUGCAUCCGAUUAUUAAGCCAAAUCCACUACAGUUCACAUGCAUAAAAAGAAAACAAUCCGAACGAAAGCUCUUAUUCAUUAAAGUAUUUACAUUUUCGUAAAGAAGAUCAUAUUAGAAAUAUUAAUAUAAUUUGGUGUUACGGACAUCAAAAAUUGAAGAAAUGCAUCAACCAAAAUUGCAAAAUGUGUAUUGCCAGAGUAUAUACAACAGGUUAAUGAAGAAUUGGCAUUUGGAAGAAAUACGGACAUAAUUGGUCAGAGUGAAAGGGAUCUCUACAUCUAUAUAAUGUCCUAUUUGUCAAUACAGUGCAGCUUUCACGUUUGUAGCAGCGAAAAUAGAUGUGAAAGUGCACAGGGGCAAGGGGAAUCGGCCAUAUGCUCCACCUUAGCUCACGAUUCGACCAAUAACAAGGACGAAUAGACGAUUCGUAAAAAAUGUAGAAAUUUUGCCUUCUCACCUAUUUAAAUGAUCUCAAAAUGUGUUGUUAAAAACAUUGUUCUAAACAACUUCCCUUUAUUCAGAUAACCAAUUCAUUCAACCAAGUCAUUCAUUACUAGGGCUUAAUUUCAGAAAUAUACGCAAAGAUAUAUUUAACAUUAAAUAUCGCAUUUUAUACGCCGCAGUUCUAUUAGAUUUAGAUUAGUGCAUUUAAUUUAGCUGUCAUGAGGCGAACAGGAACCUGAUAUUAAUAAAUAUAGUAAUUAUAACUUGUUCUUAUUUUUAUUUAUUACCAAAUUGAAAUGCAAAUCAAAUCUAAUCUCAAUUUAAUUUAAAAUUAACUCUGCCCCUAAAAAAUGCAUAAUAUUAAUAUGUAUAUGAUACAUGUAUGUAUGAUAAUUAAUAUUGUAUUUCGGAAACUAAGGUCGAGCAGUGGUAGCAUGUACGAAUAAAAGUUGUUUCGAAUGUGAUCUUAUCAACAUAUUUCAAGGUUCUCAAAAUCCGUGAGGAAUCUCUAAUUUAUACAAUUACCGAGUCCUUUUAGCCUAAGGCGUCUCGAGUGCCAACUCUCCAUCAACACAUAAUACUAAAUAUAGUUUAUGCGGUUUUUCCAAAUAACAAAAUAUAUCAAUUUUAGCAAAGAACUGAAAUAGCCAAACAACUGAACGGCCCAAAAUAGCCAAUUACAAAUUUAUUGUUUUAUAUUAACUCAAACGAUAAAGUUGUUUCUGUUGGAAAUGAAUAAGUAAGUUUCGAAAAUAUAUACCCUUACAAUUGUAGGAAAUAACGAACCAAUCAUUUCAGCCCUUCAGUAGAUUCUACUGUAAACAUUAGUUUUACAAUUACGGAUAUAUUUACGUUGUAAUGCAGCGAUUGCAGUUCUUACCUGAUCACAUACUUAUUAGUUAAUUCCUUGUUGGUAUGUACAUAUAAAGAAUAAUUUAUAUUAUAAUUCGACUCAAUUGUAAGUUUAAUGUCGCGUUAUGAUUAAAUUUAUCGGA